AUGGCUAACAAGGUGUUUAGUGUUGCUGUCUUCUUUGUUGUCUUUAGAGAAUGUCUAGAAGCAGUGGUCAUUAUAUCUGUACUUCUUUCAUUUUUGGAUCAAUCUAUUGGUACUCGAGAUAUCGUUCUAUUCAAGAAAUUGAGAAAACAAGUUUGGAUAGGUGUCGCAGUUGGUUUUGUCAUAUGUUUAGCAAUUGGUUGUGGGUUUAUUGGUGCUUAUUAUUCUUUACAAAAAGAUAUCUUCGGUUCAGCUGAAGAUCUUUGGGAAGGUAUAUUUUGUAUGAUUGCUACUGUCAUGAUUACGAUGAUGGGUAUUCCUAUGUUAAGAAUGAACAAGAUGCAAAGUAAAUGGAGAGUUAAAAUUGCAAGAUCUUUAGUAGAAAUUCCAAAGCGUAAACGUGAUAGAUUUAGAAUUAGUUAUUUGACUAGUCGUUACGCAAUGUUCUUGUUACCUUUCAUUACUGUACUUAGAGAAGGUCUUGAAGCUGUGGUCUUUGUUGCUGGUGCAGGUAUCACUACAAAAGGUUCACAAGCAUCUGCUUAUCCGUUACCCGUAUUCGUUGGUUUAAUAGCAGGUGGCUUUGUUGGUUGGUUACUUUACUUUGGUGCAUCUCGUUCUUCGUUACAGGUAUUUUUAAUCAUAUCUACUUCUAUCCUAUAUCUAAUCUCCGCAGGAUUAUUUUCCAGAGGAGCAUGGUAUUUCGAAAAUUAUAGAUUCAAUGUUAAGACUGGUGGUGAUGCUUCUGAAGGUGGUGACGGUAACGGUUCUUAUAAUAUUAAGCAAGCAGUUUAUCACGUGAAUUGUUGUAACCCAGAAUUAGACAACGGUUGGGAUAUCUUUAAUGCAUUACUAGGAUGGCAAAAUACAGGCUACUUAUCCUCCGUACUUUGUUACAACGUUUAUUGGAUUGUAUUGAUAAUUUUCUUGGGGUUGAUGAUUUUUGAAGAGAAAAGUGGCCAUUUACCAUUUUUCAAGAAUUUACAUUUACGACAAUUAAAUCCAGGUUAUUGGAUUAAAAAUAAAAAGAAGGAUGAAAUGACUCAGGAACAAACAGAAAAUCUCUUCCACAAUUUAGAAAAGCUUCAAUUUAAAGAUGAUGGUGCAAUCCAUAUGACAGGAGAUCAGCUUGAAGAUGGAAGUAACGACGAAGUCGGUUCUUCCAGCCAACAAGCUUCCGAUAGUAUCGAUAAGAAACAUGCAAGCGAAGGUCACACCUUACAGAUCCAGGAAACUGAAGAAAAAAGUAUAUAA